UAUCGCAGGGUCCUGCUUUUAAGAAGGUCAUUGAAACUUUAGCCAUGAAACAGCGUCAACUGAAAAGGAGCGGUAAAGGCAAUCUCCCUAAAAAGAGUGUUCCACUGUCUGAUGACGACAUAAAUCAAUUAUGGGCUUCGAAACAGCUCGGUGUAUCUACCCCUGAUACAAUUCUUCAGACUUUAUGGUUGUAUAACACCAUACAUUUUGGUUUGCGAAGCUGUCAAGAACAUCGUGAUACGUGUUGGGGUGACAUUUCCCUGUUCACUGACGAACAUGGCCGUGAAUAUUUGCAGUUCACCGAAAGACAAACCAAGACGCGUUCUGGUGAGAACCCUAGGGAUGUGAGACUUGUAAAGCCGAAAAUCUGGGCUAAUACACAAAACCCUGAUCGAUGCCCUAUUAGUGUUUACAAGACUUGUGCCGACAAAAGACCAUACAGUUAUAGUAAUGCUGAUCAUCCUUUUUACAUUGCAACAUCAACUGUUCACCUACCUUCACUCCAGGAAAAAUGGUUCAAACGAAAUCCAGUCGUAGUAAACAAGCUUGCCUGUAUGUUGAAACGUAUGGUGAAGCAGGCUGGCAUGAAUCCUGACAAACGACUGUCAAAUCACAGUGCAAGGAAAUACCUCGUCCAAAAACUAAAUGACAAUAACAUUCCUCCAAACCAAAUCAUGCAGAUCUCUGGUCAUAGAAACAUUGCCUCCAUCAAUAAUUACAGUCACAUAAAUCCGAUCCAGCAUAGAAAUAUUUCACAUAUCCUGCACUCGAAUUCAAAUGAAAACACCUCUAUGAACUACACAUUAAAUCCCACAACAAGGCAGUCUACAUCCCUCAUUUCGAAUGAAUCUCGUUCAAAUUUCCAUGUAACAGGAGGAAUUCAGAGUAUCUUCAGUGGCCCAAUUCACGGAGGAACAUUCAACGUCGUUUUGUAUUGA